CAUUAUUAGGUGGUAUGAGACAAAGCAGAGGUUUGGAAGUACACCGGCAAAUCAAUAUCUUGUUUACAAACGUUCAAGGCUUCAAUUAAUUCCCUACAAGCAUACAGCAGGAUCCACUUAUACUUGGUAGAGGAUUAUUAUAUAAAUCAGAGGUCAUUCUAGCUCCAAAUUCAUUCAAAGAUCAAUUAAUGGAGCAGGGUGAUGAUUUGCUUCAGCUGCUACUUCCAAGGUUUAAUGGGGAAGAUUUUGAAGAUUGGAAAAUCCAGAUGAAAGUCAUGUUGAAAUCCAAGGAUUUAUGGGAAGUUGUUACAAAGGAAAUAUCAUCACAAAAUGAACAGAUUAGAAAGAAAGAUUCGGGGGCCUUGUUCUACAUUUUCCGAGCUGUGGAUAAAAAUAUUUUCCGGUCCAUCGCCGAUUCUUCAUCAGCCUAUAGCGCUUGGAAACUGUUAGAGCUUAAAUAUGGAGAGGCGGCCCAAGAAAGUGAACAAAGCAAUGGGUUACAGCCAAUGACCGCACACACAUGGUAUCAAGAUUUCUACAAUGCUAUCGUAAAGGGUAAACAUGAAAAAGUAGAAACUUGCCUCGAGAGAAAUAAUAGAGUAGUUGUUGUAUCCAGAAUCACAGCAGGGCAGGAUAUCCCUCUUCACAUCGCAGCCAGGGUAGGACAUCUGAAAAUUGUAAAGCUGCUACUAGACAGGAUGAAUAAGGAAGAGGUAAUGUUGAUGAACAAUAACUACAGAACAGCACUUCACCUAGCUGCCUCAGGUGGACAUUUGAAUGUUGUAAUGGCCUUGGUAGAAAAGGAAAGGCGUCUAGUGCUGAGAGAAUGUGAUGAACAGAUACCCCUUCACCAUGCUAUCAGGAACCAGCAUAAGAAGGUCGUAGAAUAUCUAUUCAAAGCCACCAUUGAAGUGGAUAAAGCUGAUGCUAAAAACGACAWARASGAUUGGGACAAGAAAGCACGCAACAAAUUUAGGGUUACUAUUCUUAUUGCUUUGAUAUAUGGAAAUUUCUAUGCUGACCAUCUUGUCCCAAGGCCACUUAAAUUUGCCAACGAAAAGAGACGAUUCCGCUCGAUGUCGCCGGGUGCUUUCAUGCUACUGCGAGCAAUUUGUCAGCAAAUUGCAACUGUUGGAAACAUCGAGGUUGGGGAUGAAUACGACGUUGAUGAUAAAGAUAUGAAAGCAUUAAUUAUCGAUGCGCUUUUCCGUGCCGUCCAGAAGGGGAAUGUUGACUUCAUCGUUGAGAUUCUUAGGUAUCGUCCUCGAAUCGCACAACUGAAAAACAAUGAAGGAAUGACCCUGUUUCAUGAAGCAAUCCGCUGCCGUAAAGAUAAGAUAUUCCAACUCAUCAACGAUUUUGAUAUACCAACCGGUCCUGCGGUAGGUGAUUACAGAGACAGAAAAACCAAUAACAACGCAUUACAUCUUGUAGCAGAGUUGCCACCUGUGCAACGACGUAAUCACAUCUCUGGUGCAGCAGCUCUUCAGCUACGGAAAGAGAUUGUGUGGUUCAGGAAAGUGCAAGCCAUUCUUCCACCUCUCCACCAACAAGCUAAAAACAUGGACAACAAGACACCUAGGAUGUUAUUCAAUGAUUCACACAAGGAAUUGUUCAAAGAAGGAGAGGAAUGGAUGAAGCAAACCGCAGAAGCAUGUAUGGUGGUGGCCACGCUUGUGGCUUCAGUUAUGCUUUCAGCAACUUUGGCAUUACCUGGUGCAACUAAAUCCGACUCAGGCAUCUCCAUUUUCAUUGAUCCCAACUUUAUGAGCACCAUAUUAAUGGUACUUCGCCAUGAAAUGAAGUGGGUUAUGAUUCCUCCUGCUUGUCUAGCUAUUCUCCCAAUUGCCAUACUUUCUAUGCGUCAACUCCCARCCUUGUUUCAGAUGAUGCUUUCAACAUACUCACUAGGCAUAUUUACCCAGCAGRAAAAACGUCUCAAUAUCUAG